AUGACCACAACAAAAAUAAUUUUUGAUACAGACCCGGGCAUCGACGAUGCCAUGGCUCUACUGUUUGCCCACUACUCACCAGAAAUCGACGUGGUCGGCAUCACGACGGUGCUGGGCAACGCAAGCCUCGAUACCGUUACGCGCAAUGCGCUGCAUAUCUGCGAACGGUUUGAUAUCUCGGCGCCGGUACACAAAGGUGCCGCCGCACCGCUGUUGAUCGCCGCGGAUGAACCCCCGGCUUUUGUGCACGGGGACGACGGCUUGGGCAAUAUCAACCCAGACACGCCAAGCGUUCAACACGAAUCUGCCAGCGCAGCACAGUUUAUUGUCGACAAGGUUGUGCAGCACCCACACGAAAUAACUCUGGUCGCUGUCGGUCGAUUGACUAAUCUGGCUCUGGCCCUGCGCCUGAACCCCGAGAUUACCCAGCUGGUUAAAGAAGUGGUCAUCAUGGGCGGCGCCUUAGGUACCAAUGAACACACCGGCAAUGUCACACCUGUUGCUGAAGCCAAUAUUUACGGCGACCCCCACGCGGCAGACAUUGUGCUCACCGCCAACUGGCCGCUGACCUUAGUUGGACUGGAUGUCACCAUGACGUGUGUCAUGCAGCAGGCGCAGAUGCGCCACCUGCGAGACAGCGCAGGCGCUGCAGGCCAGUUCAUCUGGGACAUCAGCCGCCACUAUGAAGACUACUACCAUCGAACACGGGGCGUUAAAGGCUUCCCGGUACACGACUCCUGCGCCGUAGCCUACGUGUUAGCUCCUGAGCUGUUUCAGGUACGCAGCGGUGCGAUCCGUGUUGUUACCGAAGGCAUCAGCAUUGGCCAGACGAUUAUGGUCCCCGGCGGCAGAUUGUUUCCGCCCGGAGACUGGCACAACGUGCCGGAAAGCCAGGGGUGUGUGGGGGUAAACGCGGACGCCCUGCUACAACUCUACGAAUCGGUGUUGCUGAAGCAAUAA